AUGCCUACAAAACUAACAGUCCUGUUUGCACCGGCUUAUGGAUUGAGUCGACUAAAUGCAAGUAUUGCUUUGGCUGAGGAACUGAUAGCCAGAGGACAUCGGGCAGUAUUUGCUAUCGAUCAGGCCUACAGAGGACAGGUAGUCAAACGUGGUAUACAAGAGUUGCUACACUCUCUACCCGAGCAAGUGGACAGAGACGCCAAAGACGCCGACGAUUGGCAUCAAUAUGUGGCCAAUAAUGCCGGUGCACUCAAAGGCGACUCACUAGAGAUUGCCGGCGGUUAUUGUGUACAACAGUUUGAUAGACAGUUGGCUGAAUGUCGAGCACUUGAUGAACACUACCGGAGCGUUGUUGAUAUCAUACGACCCGAUGUUAUAGUUGUAAACAGUUAUGUAUGCGCGCCGGCAUUGGUCGGCUCAGGUAUUCCAUGGGUUAACCUAAUAUCGUGUACACCGUUGUUGGCACUUAACGAUCAAACACUUCCGCCACCUUUUUCAGGAUUGCCAUUUAAGGCUAGUAUCGAUGAUUGGCAUCGAUAUCGGCAUCAAUUUGACGACAAAUUUGCUGGCAUUCAACAAACUAUCAACGAAUGGUAUUCAGCUGCCGGUGUUGGAGCACAGUUAGCCGAUAGACAACUUGUACUACAAUCGCCCCAUUUGAACAUCUAUGUCUAUCCCAAAGUGUUGGACUAUUAUUCAGGAAAUACACUGUUGGCCAACAAUUGGCUGCGUGUGGACAGUCUGGUUGCCAGUACUACAGGCUCGCAGCCGUUUGAAUUACCAGAAAAAUUUCGGGGAAAGGUGGGCAAACUUGUACUGAUCAAUAUGGGACGGGUAGGCAGUGGCGAUCUAGCUUUGAUGAACAAACUGGUUGCACAUCUAACCAAUUCCGAGCAUCGAUUUAUUGUGGUUACCGGUUCUCUCACUGAUAAACUAGUACUACCAGAUAACAUGUGGGGACAGUCGUACGUAUCGCAUGUAUCAGUACUACCUAAAGUUGAUCUCCUGAUCACUAACGGCAACAAUCAAUCGGUUUCGGAGGCCAUCAGUUACAGCAAACCGGUUAUAGUGUUGCCGCUGUUUGGCGAACAUUUCGAGAGUGGCCAACGAGUAAAGGAACUGGCAUUGGGACUGACACUAUGUCCCUAUACAUGUAGUAUGACUUCGUUGGUCGCAUCAGUAGACGCGUUGGUCGACGACAAAUAUCUCCACAAACGGCUGUCACUAAUUGGCAAAUAUAUGGAAAAUAGCGGCGAAAAUCAAAAGGCUGUCAAUCUAUUGGAAAGUAUUUGUAAUAAAUAA